AUGUACAAACGCUCACUCUUGGGAUGCUUCGCGCUCCUGUUCCCCGCCUUGAUCUCUGGCGCCCCUUCUUCACCCGCGAACCCAGUCGAGAAGCGGCAGGACUGCGUCUUCGACUCGGCUCUCAACCCUUCCUGCUGGGACGGGACUCACGAUCUCUCGACCAACUGGUACGAGGAGGCCCCCAACACCGGGGUCAUCCGCGAGUACUGGUUUGAAGUCACCAACACCACCUUGGCUCCCGACGGAGUUGAGCGCAUGGUUCUCGCCAUCAACGGCACUGUCCCUGGACCUACCAUUGUUGCUGACUGGGGUGACACUGUCGUCGUCCACGUCAAGAACUCUCUCGAGAACAACGGCACCAGCAUUCACUUCCACGGCAUCCGCCAGAACUACACCAACGAGGCUGAUGGCGUUGCUUCCAUCACCCAGUGCCCUACUGCCCCGGGAGACUCCAUCACUUACACGUUCCACGCGUCUCAGAACGGUGUCUUUGGAGGAAUUCAGAUCAACGGCCCUGCCUCCGCUCCCUAUGACGAGGAUCUCGGCGUUGUCGUCCUCAGCGACUGGUUCCACCGCACCACUGACGAGCUCUACGAGGCUGCCGCCACCAGCGGCCCGCCCACCCCGCAGACGGGUCUCAUCAACGGCACCGGCAAGUACGGCGAUCUCGGCUCGCGCUUCACGACGGUCUUUGAGAGCGGCAAGUCGUACCGCAUGCGCCUCGUAAACAGCGCCAUCGACACGCACUGGAAGUUCAUGAUUGACAACCACACCCUCGAGGUCAUCGCGGCCGACUUUGUGCCUCUGAACCCCUACAACGCCACGGAUCUCUCCAUUGGCAUUGGCCAGCGCUACGACAUCAUCGUCCGCGCGAACCAGGCCGUCAGCGACUACUGGCUCCGCGCCAUUCCCCAGAUCACCUGCAGCACGAACGAGAACACGCUCGACAUCAAGGGCAUUGUGCGCUACGACGCCUCUUCGACGGCCGACCCUACCGGCGAGGUCCCGGCAUACGACGACUCCUGCACGGACGAGCUCAUGUCUAACCUGGUUCCUUUCGUGGCGAUCGAGGCCGGUCAGCAGUCGUUCGACGACACUCUCACUGUCGGUCUUCAGGUCGUCAGCAGCCAGUUCAAGUGGACUCUGAACAACAACACCUUCCUUUCCGACUGGGGCUACCCUAGUAAGUGCCUCGAAGCUCAAGGAGUCGCAACACAAGCUAACACCGAGACCACAGCCAUUGAACAGGUGCUCGACAGCAACGACAACUACUCCGUGCAGCAAAACAUUGUCCACCUCGACGAGGCCAAUGUCUGGGUCCACUUCAUCAUCCAGAACCCCGUCGGUCUUACCCAUCCCAUCCAUCUCCACGGUCACGACUUCUGGGUCCUCGCCCAGGGCACCGGCACCUACGACGCUUCCGUCGCUCUGCAGACCGUCAACGCGCCUCGCCGCGACGUCGCCAUGCUGCCCGCUUCCGGUUACCUCGUCAUUGGCUUCUACACUGACAACCCGGGUGUCUGGCUGAUGCACUGCCACAUCGGCUGGCACACUUCCCUCGGCUUCGCGCUCCAGCUCAUCGAGCGCCCGACCGAGAUCGCGGCCAUCACCAACGUCGACACGAUGAACAGCACCUGCGCCAACUGGAACGCUUACGCCCUGGAGGAUUCUGUGCACCAGGAGGACUCUGGUGUCUAA